CCCUGUCUGAGGCACGUGUUUUCACCCUGUACCUCCGGUAUUGCAUUUCGCAUUCCAAAGAAUUUAAAAUCAGAACUUCUAUUGAUUGGGUGGCAGCACCGCAAACAGCUGAAGAGCGAAUGAACCAUAAAGCAACGGAAUAUGGCUACUAAACUAAACGUAAAUAUUAGAACUCUUCUGACCAAUUGCGAGGAGCUAGCUAAAGAUGAAGCCAACUACUGGAGGCUUAAAAAGUUCAUAAAAUCACUGGACACUAUGAUAGAAGAACUUAAGGGAUGCGACGACAUCGGUAGUAAUCUGAAAGUACCAGACUACACAAAACGACUUAAUGAUCUCAAAGCCCUUACCAACUAUAUAGACAGCCCACCGCCAGUUAAGAGCUUGCGUUCAAAGCUACGCCCGGCAUAUGAAAUUGGUGAUGAUGCCCUGAAAGAAGUGCAGCAACUACAAAGCUCCAAACACCAUGCAGAUUUAAGAAAGGAUUUAUUGGGAGACGAUACACUGCGCCGACGUAAACCGGAUGAUAGUGCAACCAGCGCGGAAAAUAUGGGCGAAGCCGUUAAAUAUUAUAGCGAGGCACAAGAAAAAAUUACCGAGCAUAUGCUUUCGCUUACGCGGAAUUUAAAGGAGCAGACCGAGACCGCAAAUCGGAUAAUUAAAAGGGAUACUGAAAUCGUGUCAAAGUCUACAAAUAUGGCCGAUCGCAAUAUUAAUUCCUUAAAUAAAGAAACAGAAAAAUUAGAGGAACACUCUCGCAACCGCUGUAUUUGUUGGAAUGGUAUUGUUUAUGAAAAUUAUGAAAAAGAGGAAAGUUUAAACUGAAAGUUUAAAAGUACUUGCGAAUAAAUAUCUACAAUUUUUUAUAUUUCAUAAAUAGCAAAA